AUGGUUUCUGCAACAACCAAUAUAACCACCAAUACUUUUACCCUGAAUAAAAAAAAAAUCUUAUUGUCUUCUUCGAGUUCAAAGAAAUUAAGUGAACAUGAACUUAAUACUAAACUCACUGAAAUAUUUAAUAAAAUAGGAAAAUUAGAUAUUGCUCAACAAGUAAGGAAUCCAAGAACUAUACGAUUUCUUAUUAGAGUAUCCUGA